CAAAAAAUAACAAACAUCCAAAUCCGCGAUUCCCUUUUUCUUUCAAGGCGCAUUAAAGUGUAAUAACAUCAGAAGGAUCGCCCCUCAUAUUCCAGACAGAAGGUGGUGUGAAACCGUAGAAUCCCUCCGUGAAUACAGCGGGGAUCUCUUGUUUCGCAUCAAGAGUUAGUUCCCCGAGCGGAGUAAUAUUGUUAGUAUUUACUGUCGUUGUUGCAUGCUUUCUUGGUAUACAAGAUCGCACGUAUAGUUGAUUAUUUCAAGACCAGAAUUGCGCUUGCUGCGAUUAUCAGCCACAAUCGAAUUCCGUGACGCCACAGCUGCCUCCGCCCGUUCGUCUCCUCAUGGUCCAGCCCGCCGUGGCGCUCAGCUGAAUUCUCACUGGCAGAAUGGAGUGUCAGUCUCCCCAGAGCAAGUGAUAGAAGUCGGAGGACACCAGUGGUCACAUCCUGUGGAGCCAGGGAUCACAGUACAGGCAAGGAGGCUGAACUUGUUAAGCUGAGACGGAAGAUUGCUUUAAACAAGGCAGUCCUUGGAGAAGGUUUUUAAGUCAUGAUGCAAGAAUCUGGGACGGAGGCGACGAGCAACGGUCCCGCCAGUCAGAACGGAGUGGCCGCAGAGGCCGGCGUGAGGGACGUCCGCUCCAAGAGUGCCACGCCCUCCGUUGACAUCACCGCCGCUGACCUCGUGAACCUCCAGCAGCAGCAGGCUCUACAAGUUGCUCGCCAGAUCCUCCUCCAGCAACAGCAACAACAGCAACAGCAGCAGCAGCAGCAGCAGCAGCAACAACAACAGUCUCAUCAACAGCAGAGUGGUGCCAUUAAAUCCCCUAAGAGCAGCGAGAAGCCAGCCGGACUGCAGGUCCCAGUGUCCCUGGCUAUGAUGACACCGCAGGUGAUUACUCCCCAGCAGAUGCAGCAGAUCCUUCAGCAGCAGGUCCUGAGCCCUCAGCAGCUCCAGGUCCUGCUCCAGCAGCAGCAGGCUCUCAUGUUACAACAGGGUGCCAUGAGCAGCUUGUUUGGCACAAAAGCCCUGUCUGUUAGCGAGUGUGUCGGACUCACACACAGGCGUCUCCCUCUUUUGCAGCAGCAACUCCAAGAGUUCUACAAGAAGCAGCAGGAGCAGCUUCACCUGCAGCUGUUACAGCAGCAGCAUGGCACCAAGCAGCAGAGCAAAGAGCAGGUGUCCCAGGCCCAGCAGCUGGCCUUCCAGCAGCAACUCCUGCAGGUCCAGCAGCUCCAGCAGCAGCACCUGCUCAACCUGCAGCGGCAGGGUCUCCUGACCAUCCAGCCUGGACAGAGUCCACUGCCCCUACACUCGCUCACUCAGGGCAUGAUUCCAGCCGAGCUGCAGCAGCUGUGGAAAGAGGUGUCGAACGCUCACGUGAAGGAGGAGAAUAACAAUAACAACAACAACGGCGGCGGCAACGGCCUCAGCGGUGGCGGAGGCGGCAACGGAGGCGGCAGCGGCAGCAACGGGCAUCGCGGCCUGGACCUGACGUCGCCGACGCCCGCCAAGAACCAUCUGCACAACCAGCACGCAGCCACCAAUGGGCAGUACAUGGGCCUGAAGAGGGAAGGCUCCACGCUGGAGGACCUCUCUCACCACGGUCACCCCCUGUACGGCCACGGCGUGUGCAAGUGGCCGGGCUGCGAGGCCGUCUUCGACGACUACCACGCAUUCCUCAAGCAUCUGAACGGUGAGCACGCCCUGGACGACCGCAGCACGGCACAGUGUCGAGUGCAGAUGCAGGUGGUUCAGCAGCUGGAACUUCAGUUAGCGAAAGACAAGGAACGUCUGCAAGCUAUGAUGACUCAUCUACACGUCAAGUCCACUGAGCCCAAGAGUACCCCACAGCCUCUGAACCUGGUGUCCAGCAUCACGCUGUCGAAGACGGCCCCGGCGUCCCCGCCGCUCAGCCUGCCCCAGACGCCCACCACGCCCACCACGCCCCUGACGCCGCUGUCGCAGGCCCACCCCGUCAUCACCCCCACCAGCCUGCACAGCGUGGGGCCCAUGCGCCGCCGCUACUCCGACAAGUACAACAUGCCCAUCUCCCCAGACAUCGUGCAGAACAAAGAGUUCUACAUGAACGCGGAUGUCCGGCCUCCGUUCACGUACGCCUCUCUAAUCAGACAGGCCAUCCUGGAGUCGCCGGAGAAGCAGCUGACACUAAACGAGAUCUACAACUGGUUCACGCGAAUGUUCGCCUACUUCAGACGCAACGCGGCCACGUGGAAGAACGCAGUCCGGCAUAAUCUUAGUCUACACAAGUGUUUUGUACGAGUAGAAAAUGUAAAAGGGGCGGUGUGGACGGUGGACGAGCUAGAGUUCCAAAAGCGGCGGCCACAGAAGAUCAGCGGCAGCCCGGCCUUGGUGAAAAACAUCCAGACUAGUUUGGCGUACGGCCCUGCCCUCUCUGCCGCCUUCCAGGCUUCGAUGGCAGAAAACAACAUACCUCUCUACACUACUGCCUCCAUUGGAAGUCCCACUCUGAGCUCGCUGGCCAAGGCCAUCCAGGAGGAGAUGAACGGGGCGCUGGAGCAUGGAAACAGCAACGGCAGUGACAGCAGCCCGGGACGCUCCCCUUUGCCAGCUAUGCAUCACAUCAGUGUUAAAGAGGAGCCACUGGACCCUGAAGAUCACGAAGGGCCCCUCUCCCUCGUGACAACAGCCAAUCACAGUCCAGACUUUGAUCACCACAGAGAUUACGAGGAUGACCAAGGGAACGAUGACAUGCUGUAAGGCCGGCCGCCACGGCCCUCCCCCUUCCCCCUCCCCCCGCCACCCCCCCAUAGCCCGUGGGGCUGAACUAACUCAAGUCAUCUGUGAGGUCACAGCAAAGACAGAAAACCACACUCACACACACACACACACACACACACACACACACAUACACAUACAUUCACAUACACACAAGACUGGAUUGUCAGUCCUCUGUUGACAGCUAUAAAAUGUUUUGCUGAACUUUUAGUGCCAUUACAAACAGUGAAAUACACGUGCACAACAAGAAACAACAACAACGACAACAACAAGACAACAACAUGAAAAUCUAUUCCAUUUGGGAGUAUUUUUUAUUUGUACUUUUGGUUUUAAGAGAAGAGGGAAAAAGUCAUUUCUACAAAUCAUGUUAUUGGAUAGACCUGUUUGGUACUGGGGGACUUUUACGUGGUCAGCGUGGCUUAGAGGUCAGAGUUCACAAGUGGACAAAGGACUAUUUGCAGCUGACAGAGACUGCUGACAUUGACUCUGAGACUCACUGAAUCUGACCUGGAGAAGGGGGUGCGGACACAUGCACACACUCACACAUACGUUUAUACACAUACACACAACCUUCACAUUCAACACCAACACCCCCCACCCCCCCCUGAAAUGGACCUCUCCAUAUGUGUGAGCUAGUGAUUUGUGUAUUAACUGUGUGUAUUAAGUUCAUCCUCACUGCCUUCAACUUGUCAACUUGUUUUUUUUUGCUUCCAUCACGGUCGAGGAGACUUUUUUUUCGUGUAUGUGUCUCGAGGGGGGUGGGUGCAACAGAAUCUAAACAUUGGGUCUCUCACUGUUGCUAUGUUUAGUUUGUUUGUUUGUUUGUUUUUUUCUCUAAACUGAUCAGACCUCAUCGCCAUGCUGUGGAGAUUCCGUAUGGUCAGCACACAAUGAUGAAUGUUUAUGAUUUUUCCUUCCAUGUUGUUCCAUUUUGAAUUUCUUUUAUUCUUUUUUUUAUAUAUAAAUAUAUAUAUAAAUAUACUGUAUGUAUAUACACAUGCAAACAGAAUGUCAGAUGCCGAGUAGUAUUUUUCUGUCAUUUAUUCCGCGUGCUUCAGAAUGCCAGCUCUCUCUCCAACAUGUAGCCCUGCUGCACUACCACCUCAUGAAGUCCAUUGGCAAUGCACUACUUAUAAUGAAGGCUCUCUCCACGCAUCAAUGAAGUUUAAUUUCACAUGGGAAUGAAUGACAGAGAAAUCAUGCAGGUUAAGAUUUAUCAUUACCAAAUUAUACUUUCAAAAAACUCUCCCUCGUUCCAAGCAGGGCGUGUUAGCCGUGGCCAAAUCACCCAUCUCGACGCCGGUCUGAACAGAAAUGAAAUGUCAGACUGAGGCGGUGAGAUAAUACUUCACACCAACUAAUUGUGUUUUUUUUUUCUUUCUUUCUUUCGUUUCUCUCUCUGUCUUUCUCUCUCUUUUCUUUAUCCUCCCAUUCCUCAACGCAAGCAUCAAAUAAGCAAAUGAAACUUCCCAAGCUUUUUUUCCCCCCCGUCAUUUCAAGCGUCAAGGGGACCCUGCAGCCAUGCUCAGAGACUUUCAAAAAAUGCAUCCCUUUCAGUUUGUACUGCACGUGCGGCCAGCCGAUUCCUCUUUUGCUUUUAUUAGUUAUUAUUUGUAAUUACACAUCAGAGUGAAAGGCAAAGGGAGUAGAGAAAAAAAGCUGAGGGUUGGCAUUAACGCCUGACCACUAAGCAUUACAGCAUGGGGAGAAGCGGCCCCAUGGUAACCGCAGGCAUCCCAUGAGCACCAUGGUAACAGAUCGUUGGCUGUUCCGUCGCUAGCUUUUUCGAGAACCAAACAGAACUCGUCUGCAUGGAGAUGCAGCUACAUUAUGCAACUUCUCCCACAUGUAAACGGUGGUAGCGGAUGGAAAAUUCUACAGCUAUAAACAACAAAAAGAUGAAAAUAAACAAUAAUUUUAUGAAAUUUAGGUGUAUGAUUCCAAAACCGAAUGGGCUUCUUCAAAUGCCAACAUUCUUGAUUCAUAUGACUGCAACCAACCACUUUUUUUUAAUUUAUUAUUACGUUGUGUUAUUUUGCCUAAGUUGUAUAUGUGUCUGAUAUCUGUGAUUACCAAAGAUAAACUACAAAGAUAUUCUCUGAUCCAUGCAAUAGCAGACAAGGCCAAAUAUCCUCCAUUCUCUCCCUCUGGAUGCAAAGGAAAUCAAAAAGGUGGAGAUCAGUCUCAUCACGCGUGAAUUAGACAAGCGUUUGACUUUUUUAGCAAACUUUGAAGCCAAAGGGGUUGUCUGUCGAGCAGCUUUGCAAGCUUUUAUUUUGCGAUGACCAAAACGAAAAGGGAGGUGACGUGAUCGAGACUAAAUGAAAUGACCAAAUUUCAAAACAAAGGAGUUAUCUUUUGGCCAGUGAAGGGACAGAGUAGCAUUCCAUCUGAAGGCUGACCGUCGUAGGAUAUAAUAAUACAGAUGAACGAUAUCAGUAGGCCAACACCAUUUGCAAAACACAAAUGUGAAAAGUUGUAUACUUCAACUGGACCACACAAUGAUGACAUGUUUAUAUUUGUUUGUAAGACUUUAAUGUAUCCUUUUGAAAAAGAAAAAAAGAUUGUAUGCCACUUUGGGUUGUUCUUUUGCAAGAGUGCUGGCUUCCUGAGAAGGCCUCUUUGUUUAUUGUUCUCUUUCUUUUUGAUUUUUUUUUUUUUCUUUUUUGUUAACCUUGGCAAAUGCUUUAUGAUUGUGUGUUUUUGUUUUCUGUCAAGUUACUUUUUAUAUUAAAAAAUAACACUCCUGUCCACGAAUAAGCUGGGUACAAGGUACUUUAUGGCAGUUACUUCUUUUUUUUUUUUUCCUUUUUUUUUCUUAAUUUGUAACCAUUCGUUUUUUCGCUAUCGAUUCUAAGGAAAAGGGCAAUCUGUGGAGAAAGAGAAACAUGUUCACCACCACCUAGGCAGCUGUGGGUUGAGACUCAGAGACGGACAGUCCAAGAUCGCCAGAAAGGCUCGAGCUCAGCCCAAUCUUAGUCUGUCAUCCAGUUCGGUUGGCAUCUAAAACGUGGAUUAAAAGCUGGUGGAUGUGGGACUUCUCAGCAUGUGUAGCUUGACAUUACUAAAGAUAACAGCAUGAGAAAACUGUUAGUACACAUACCUCAGUUCAAAUCUAUAGGGAAUGAUUCAAUUUUAAAAAAAGAGAAAAAAAAAACAAGAAAAACAUUUCACUCAGUUGCACUUAGUCGUAUGUCUUGCAUGUUUAGUCUAAAAACUGUAGCGGGGAAAAUAUUUUAAAAAGCUAUAAAAAUGAUUUUUAAAAAUACAGACACAUUUAGAGCUUGUUUUAGCUGGAGGAUCACAUUCAUUUUUUUCUUAUUUUUUUUUGCAAUCCAUUUGCAAACCAGUUCAAACCUCAGGCCUUUCUUCCAUAAAGAAGUCACCUUGCUUUUUUGAUUCCAUCUUCUAUCAUUGCUUUUCACUUUUGAACACCACUGAUGGUUGUGUUUUCGUGGUUUUUUUCCUUACAUCAGGUUGGACAUCCAUGACCAUAUAACCUUGUGUCCUGUCUUGUUUCCUUUCCUUGUUCCUUUUAAAGAACAACAAGAAAUGUUUGUAUUAUUCUCUUUAUUUUCUUUUAUCACAACUGCUUUGUAUUUACUAUUAAAGAAAAAAAAAGCUAUGAAAAAAAAACUGCUGUAUGUAUUGAAAUAGCAGACUGUGCUGCAAAUGUAUUUUACUUAGUAAUCCUUGCUUAAAAAGAGAGUCACACCAACAGACAUCUGCGUGAGGUGGUCAGGGGCGGGGCUGGGAUGG